GGGCGCCGCUCCGCAACCACCCCGGACGUCCCUGCGCUUUUCAGCCUCCCUGGGGAUCGCGGGUCGCCUGUAUUUAAAGGUGCCACGUUGCUCAAGCCGCCGUUAUUUCGCGCUGUGAGCUACACCGUGGGCAGUGCUCUAAGGACGGCCGCCGGGGGACCCAGGAAACCUAGAAAUGGACUCAGUGGCCUUUGAGGAUGUGACUGUGAACUUCACCCUGGAGGAGUGGGCUCUUCUGAAUCCUUCCCAGAAGAAACUCUACAGAGAUGUGAUGCAGGAAACCUUCAGGAACCUGGCCUCAGUAGGAGACAGAUGGGAAGAUCGUAACAGUAAAAGUCUGUAUGAACAUGAGACAAAUCGAAGGCGCGUGGUAGAGAGUCCCUGUCAAAGUAAAGAAGGUAGUCGGCGCGGAGACCCCCGCCGCCAGAAUCCAAGUCCUAAGCAGAUAAAGAAGAUUUCUACUGGAAUCAAACUCCGUAAAUGCAGUUUCUGUGGACAGGUGUUCAGGCAUCAUUCAUCCUUCAGCAGGCACAUGCUCUCCCACACUGGCCACAAACUGUACGAGUACCAGGAAUACGAAGAGAAGCCUUAUAAGUGUAAGGAGUGUGGGAAGGCCUUCAAACAUCGCCAGUCCAUCCGCGUACACGUCAGGACUCACACCGGCGAGAAACCUUACGAGUGCCAGCACUGUGGGAAGGCCUUCAAGCACUGCCAGUCCAUUCGCAAGCAUGAAAGGAUCCACACCGGCGAAAAGCCCUACGCGUGCAAACAGUGCGGGGAGACGUUCCGGUAUCGCCACAACUUCCAGAAACACGAGCGGACGCACACCGGAGAGCAGCCCUACAGGUGUAGGCACUGUGGGAAAGCCCUCAGUUGUCUCAGCUACUGCCGGGUUCACGAGCGAACUCACACCGGCGAGAAACCGUACGAGUGUAAGCAAUGUGGGAAAGCCUUCAGUUACGCCAGUUACAUCCGAAUACACGAGAGGACGCACACUGGAGAGAAGCCCUAUGAGUGCAAGAAGUGUGGGAAAGCCUUUAGUUGCCCAAAUUACUUUCGAAAACAUGAGAAGACGCACACCGGAGAGAAACCCUACGAGUGCAAGCAGUGCGGUAAAGGCUUCAGCUGCCCUAGAUCCUUCCGCAGUCACGAGAAGAGACACCGGGGCGAGAAGCCGUACGAAUGUAAGGUAUGCGGUAAAACCUACAGCUGCCCCGUAUACUUCCGAAACCAUGAAAGGAGACACAGCGGGGAGAAGUCCUAUGAAUGCAAAAUCUGUGGGAAGUCCUUCAGUUGUCCCAAGUAUUUUCGAAAACACGAGAGAAGUCACACGGGCGAGGAACCCUGUGAAUGCAACGACUGUGAGAGCGGUCCCGUGAGUCCUCUCGCGAUAUUUCAAAGACACGUGAUGAAGGCCACCGGAGAUGGGCCUUACAAGUGUAAGGAGUGCGGGAAGGUCUUCGACUGCCCCAAUUACUUUCGAUGUCACGCAAAGAUCCACAGUGGAGAGAAGCCCUACGGAUGUAAGGAAUGUGGCAAAGCCUUCAGUUCUUCCAUGUCCCUUCAAAACCACGAGAGAAGUCAUAGUAGGAAAAAACCUCAUGAAUGUAAGGAAUGUGGCAAAGCCUUCAGUUUUCCCUGUUCCCUCCAGAAACACGAAAGAAGUCACACCGGGGAGAAACCCUAUGAAUGUAAACAGUGCGGGAAAGCCUUCACUUACCUCAGUUCUAUGCAAAAACACGAAAGAACUCACAGUGGAGAGAAACCGUAUGAAUGUAAGCAGUGUGGGAAAGCCUUCAUUUAUCUCAGUUCUAUGCAAAAGCACGAAAGGACCCAUAGUGGAGAGAAGCCGUACGAAUGUAAGCAGUGUGGGAAAGCCUUCAUUACUCUCUCAAACGUUCAAAGGCACAUGAUAAAGCACACCGGAGAUGGACCUUGCAAAUGUAAGGAGUGUGGGAAGGCCUUCGAUUGUCCUAGUUCGUUGCGAACACACGAACGGACUCACACCGGGGAGAAGCCCUAUCAGUGUAAACAUUGUGGUAAAGCCUUUACUCGUUCCAGUUCUCUACGAAACCACGAGAGAACUCAUAGCGGGGCGUAGCCGUACGAAUGUAAGGAAUGUGGGAAAGACUUCGGUUCCAGUUCUUUCUGAAUACACGAGAUCACUCACACCGGAGAGAAACGCUCCGUGCACAAACAAUACGGUCCAGUCCUACUCGCUGUUACCUUCAUAUACACGGAACUCCUACUAGAGAGAAACCGAAUGGAAGGAAAGUGGCGAAAGCCUUCCUUUAUCACAGUCUUCCGAGGAGACGCACGGGUGCACGCGGGGGAGAAACCAUACGAAUGUAAGGGACGUGGGAAGGCCAUCCGUGCAUGUCCGUGAGAAGCCACAGAAGAACCCACACUGCAGAGGGUAGUCUUGAAUGUAAACAUUGUAGGAAAAUUCACUUGCCCCACCUUCUUACAACACCACAAGAGAAUGUAUAAUGGAUAGAUACUUUAUAAAGGAACACCUUCUGAUUUUAACAAAUGUUUUCAAAGUCCUUUGAACACUGCACUGGAAGGAAAUCCUAUUUUUGUAAGUAAUAUGGGUAAGCCUGGUGCAGAUUAAUUAGUGUAUGACACUCCCCCAAAUUCACAACACGAAAGAAACGUUAUUAACAGUAUACAUAUAUUGUCUUCAUCAGCGGCUUUUUUUCCUCCAGUUUUAUUGGGAAAAAUUAACAUAUUACUGCAUAAGUUUAAGGCAUGUAGCCUGAUGGUGUGAUUUACAUAUUUUGUGGAAAAGGUACAAUGGCUCGUUUUUGUUUUGUUUAACGUUUAUUUAUUUUUGAGAGAGAGAGACAGAGAGAGAGAGAGAGAGAGAGAGAGAGGGAGCUACAGAAUCCGAAGCAGGCUCCAGGCUCCGAGCUGUCAGCACAGAGCCUGAUGCAGGGCUCGAACUCACAAACUGUGAGAUCAUGACCUGAGCCAAAGUCGGACGCCCAACCAACUGAGCCACCCAGGGGGCCCCCCUUUUGUUUUUUAUUUUUAAAUUUAUUUAUUUUGCGUGAGAGUGGGUGAGGGGAAGGGAGAGAGAGAAAAUCUCAAGCAAGCUCUGCACUGACAGUGGGCUGGAACUCACAAACCACGAGAUUGUGGCCUGAGCCGAAGUCAGAUGCUUAACCGACUGAGCCACCCAGGCGCCCCUACAGUGGCUCAUUCUUAAAGUAAUUCUCUGUAGUUUGGAUUUCUACUUUAGUUUUGCAAGUAAACAUUGAGGUGGGAAAAUAUUACAGGUACUCACGAAGCAGCAGAUUCUAAGUUUAACAGGUAAAAUUUUCCACUUGGUAAAAGGCUAGUGUUUCUGUUUGGACGACUUUUAUCCGUGGACGAACUGAAGUCUAUUUCCAACACGCAAGUAGGUUUAAUUUUUUACAUAAUUUUUUCAUUUUUCUGUAAGGAUAGGGCUAUCGAGUAAUGACGUGUUAUCCUUAAAAAUAAACUGCCAGUUCUUCAGCAAAAAUGAGUUUUGCAGCAAUAGAGAAGUGCAGUUCCGGACAAGGAAGCCAUGCAUGGCCAUGGCCAUGGCCAUCGGCAACCGGAGGACAAAGGAGAGGAGUGCUCUCCUCCUAUAGAAGAAAGCGGGGGACUUGGGAGGGGCUUUUAUGAACACAAGUUUGAUCAGAGCACCCCGGGGGUUCAAAACACAGCGGCUGUUCAUUGGCCGAGUCGUGACUGUGUCAUUGGCUGGCCUGUUGUGGGGUGAGGAGGAACCCUUUCUUCUCCUGCAGAGAUAAUAAAGUAGUCGCCAAAGUGGUA